UGGACUGGACAAAUAAAAGCCGAGGAAGUCCAUCAACCAGAAACAGUAUUCAACUAGGAGCCACCAAAAGAAGAAACAAACAAUGGGUGGACAAAAAGCAACCAUUCUCGCUGCCGUGGCGCUAGUCAUCGCCUGUGCCGCUCCAGCUGCAGCCGAUGUGAACGUCACCGCCUUGUGCCUGCUGGUCAGCAAUGGCAACUACGUGGCCAGCCAGUCGGACUGCUCGACCUACUACCAGUGCCAGGGAUCAUCGUUCACGACCAUGUCCUGUCCCCAGGGCUACUAUUUCGACAAGAAUGCCCAGCAGUGCACGGUCAGUGUGCCGAGCACCUGCACCAGCAACUCCAAUCCCUGUCUGGGUAAAGCGGUGGGAUCCUUCGCGGCAUCCAGUUCGUCCUGCGGCGGCUACUACUACUGCGGAGCCUCCGGCGCUGUGAGGGGCAAUUGUCCUGCCGGUGAGAACUUCAAUCCCACCACAAUGGCCUGUGUGUACAAGAACAGCUAUCCAUGCACCGAGUCCGCCGGUGGUGACUCCACUGCGUCGGUCAUCCUCAACCUGUGCAAUCUCGUCAAGAAUGGCGUCUACUUUGGCAGCCCUUCCAACUGCAGUGGCUGGAACUACUGCCAGGACAACGUUCUGCACUCGGGAUCCUGCGAAGCUGGUCUAGUGUUCAAUGUGCAGGCCAGCAACUGCGGCUACAAGAUGGCCUCAUCGUGCGCCCAGGUCACCAAUGACCCAUCCCUGACCGGAGUGUCUGCUCCGACCACGUGCACCUCGUCGGGAGCGACGAUCGCAGCCACCGCAUGCAACCAGUACUACCUGUGCUCAGCCGGCAACUAUCAGCUGAUGACCUGCCCCUCGGGAUACUACUAUGAUACCAUCUCGAAGGCGUGUGUGACCAGGAUGGAAGCGAGGAACAACUGCGACAGAUGUGUUGGCACCACUGCGACCUUCGUGAACGCCUACUCGGCAUCCAAUUGCUCCGAUUACCUGUACUGCGUGAACGGCGUCCAGAAGGCCGUGGAGAGCUGCCCCAUCAACUACUACUUCAACGAGAACUCCGGAUCCUGCGUAAACGGGGUGGAGCCCAUGUUCCUCUGCUGCAAUCCCACGCAAAGCGAUGGAACUUCGACUUCUUCCUCUGGUUCGACUUCCUCAGGUUCGACUUCCUCAGGUUCGACUUCCUCUGGUUCAACUUCCUCUGGUUCAACUUCCUCUGGCUCGACUUCCUCUGGCUCAUCUUCCUCUGGCUCGACUUCCUCUGGCUCAACUUCCUCCGACUCGACCUCGUCUGGAACUUCAUCCUCAACCUCUACUGGAACAAGUUCAGGCACAAAAUAAUUUAAAUAGCAUUUAUGCCAUAAAUAAAAUGCGUUAUAUAAUUCUGCAAAAUGUAUUGCAAGUAUAA